AUGGAGAACGGUACAAACGGUCACGGCUUGUCGAAGCGCGGCUGGUCGAAUGUCGACUCAAUCAUGCCACGAAUCCGCGCACAGGUUGCCGAGCGACAGGCUAAACAAACGACGAAUAUCGACCUUAGCACGGCAGAGAAUUGGCUCAUUCGUGACGAACUGGUGGAACUGUGUAAAGACGCCAUAGUAACGAAUUUGGAAGCCAGGCACAUGUCCUACCCGCGUGGCUUUUCUGGGGAUCCUCAACUGCUGGAGGCGUAUGCAGCGUUCUUCAACCAGUACUUCAAUCCGCGUAUACCAGUGGAGCCCUCUCAUAUAUCCACUGCUGCAGGGGCUCAUUGGUGCAUCGACUCCUUGCUAUACAAUAUUUGCGAUUCUGGUGACGGCGUGAUGAUUCCAGGGCCCUAUUGGAAUGGGUUCGACUUCGGUUUCAAGGCCCGUGCUGAAGUUAUUCCAGUUCUGGUUGAAUUGCCGGAUCUCGAGUCAAGUUUCAUCUGGUCACUGCUCUCCGCGCUGGAAGAAACAUACAACAAUGCCCAAUGCCACAUCAGGGCCCUAAUGCUGACUAAUCCUCACAACCCGUUGGGACAAUGCUAUCCGAAGGACCUUCUGGAGGGUUGCCUGCGAUUUUGCCAGAGACAUGCAAUUCAUUUCAUUUCGGAUGAGGUCUACGCCCUAACAAAUUUUAAGACUACUGAUGAGAUCGAGACGACUCCUUUUACAUCGGUGCUCUCCCUUGAUUUGGCCGCUCUAGGGGUUGACAUGAGCAGAGUGCAUACUGUGUGGAGUUUGAGCAAGGAUCUUGGUCAGAGUGGUUUCCGCAUGGGUUGUAUAAUCACGCAAGCGAACCAGGAGAUGGUAGUGGGCGCCUCCCUUGCGGCAAAUACGCAAAUUUCUGCGCUGUCGACCAUCUUUGCUACGUCGCUUCUUACCUCAUCUAAGCUCCCUGAACUGAUAAAAUCAAAUUCCAAAAAACUUGGCCAGGCAUACGGGACUCUGACUACCUUUCUCCGCAGCCAUGGCAUUCGAUACAUACCCUGCUACGCCGGUCUCUACGUGUUUGCCCAUCUAACAGAUUUAAUGAAGUCUCCUGUCGACUUAACCGAAACUGAAAUGGUACAGCGUUUGAAGGAAGUUGGUGUUAUUGUCAGUGCCGGUCGUGCAUAUCACUGUCCUUCCGGCGUCGCGGGUUGGGCUCGAAUAGGUUUUGCUCUUCCCCCACAGGAGCUGCAUGAAGCAAUAACGCGUAUGGACAGUGUAUUUAGAAGCAUAAGGAAGUCUACGGUCACACAGUCGCAAUAA